AUGAACGCAUCCAUUUGUUUAAGGGGAGGGGUUGUGUAACCGUAUGAAAAGGCAGAAAACUUUCUUUCUACAUAAAUAUUUGUAGUAUUUCAGAGUUUCGCUUUGACUCUUUUCUACCCAGUGCCCUGUAAAGAUUCCCCGGACAGAGAGAUCGGUGAAAUGGCGAGCAAGAAGGCAGUUUUGUUCAAUCUGUGGGGUGUCGUGGUUUCUCCCAGACCCGCAGAAACUUUCCUCAAAUUCGAAGAGACCCACAAACUCCCCAGUGGUUUUCUGGAGAAGCUGGUGACAAACGAGGACAGCGCCAUGCAACGUGCAGAGAGGGGCAAACUCUCCCUCUCUCAGAUGAUCCCAGAGCUUGAUGCAGAGUGUGUGAGUGCAGCAUCAGAUCAGAAGGUCAGUCUUCCUGCUGGGUUCUCUGUUAAGAGCCUGUUGGAGGAACUCAGAGACUCAACCACCGUCAACAAACACAUUCUGCAGACCGUAGCUACGCUCCGCAGACAAGGGUUAUUGACAGGUGUGUUGGCCAACCAGUGGGUGGAUGACAGUGGGUGUGGAGAUAGCUCUGGCCGGCUCCUCUCUCUGCUGGGCGGCCAUUUUGAUGUGGUGCUACAGUCCUGUCGUACCGGCCUCAGGGUCCCAGAGGCCGACCUGUUCAUCUCCGCUCUCAAACAGCUGGGAGUGCCUCCGAAACAGGUGCACGCACACACACACACACACACACACAAUCUGACUUGUCAUCACUUCUCGCUUGUGAGAAGCAAGAAUGCAAGAAUUUCCAUGGAAGGCAAAUUUCAAUUGAAGACACAUUACCAGAGAAGAGACAUUACCAUAGAAGGCUAUUGCCAUAGAAGAGACAUUACCAUAGAAGAGAUAUUACCAUAGAAGAGAUAUUACCAU